CUGACUGUUUUUAAUUAUAGCCAUACUGAUUGCUUAAAGUCAUCAUCAGUUGCACUGCGCAAGUACAGAAAGCAUGUUCAUUGUGGCAAACGAUGCGUGAACCUUGUAAUUGCAUUGCCCGAGAACGAAGAACCGAGGAUUAAAAAUCCAUUCCAAGUGACUAUUCUAAAAAGUAGACCCGUUAUUGACUUAGCAUUGAAAAAUGUUUAUGAUAAACAUUUGUUAUCUAGAGGGUAUUUACGAGUUUCUUACGUAGAUACUAAUCUUAGUGAUGCUCUUGGGCCGCAACGUGUUAUUGACCGAUACUGUAAAGGUACAGUUGAUGCGGUUAUGGGCACUAGUUUUCCUUACGUUCUAGCGAUUAUUGCUAGACUAUCACAGUACUGGGGAAAAGGAGUUCCAGUUAUUUCAACCACAGCUUUAAUUGAAAAUUUCGGUAAUAAAAAUGAAUUUCCACUUCUGACUAGAAUUACUGGAUCCUACAUAACUUUAGCUCGUUUCGCGUCGUUGGUUAUCAGAGAUCUUCACUGGAAGAAUAAAGUUCACUUCAUAUUUUAUGACGAGCUUACUCAGAAGAGUGUUCGUGCCCGAACGGAAUAUUUUUUUGCGUCUUCAGCUAUAAAAAAUGAAUUGCAGAAGGAAAAUAUUACUUUUAGUUAUGAGGUGUUCAAAACUGACGUCGAUAUUUUUGAGACCUAUAUUCAAAUGUUGAAAACAGCGACAAUGAGCGCUAACUUGUUUAUAUUAUGCGCGUCUCCAGACACGGUUCGAAAAAUGAUGCUUGCAGCGUCGGAAUUGAAUAUGAUCAACACCGGAACAUAUGUGUUUAUCAACAUCGACAUAUCGACUGGUUCUUUGACGAAAACACCUUGGGUUAGAGGUGAUAAGGAUGACGAGGCAGCUCGGUUGGCUUUCAGAGCUUUGAAAACAAUAUCUCUGCGGCGAGACAAUCUUGAUGAGUACAAACAGCUUGAGCAAGAUGUUGCUCAACUCGCGGAGAAAAAAUACAACUACAGUGCUCGUACGAACAAGUCUUACACCAUGAACAAUUUUAUCAGCGCCUUUUAUGAGGCUGUUUACCUUUAUGCACUUGCUCUUAAUGAAACAUUAGAAGCUGGCCUAGACCCAAGAAAUGGGACGGCAAUAACGAGCAAAAUGUGGAACCGGUCAUUUCCUGGCAUAACCGGAAACGUUUCUAUAGACAGCAAUGGAGACCGAUAUUCUGAUUAUUCGCUAUUGGAUUACGACCCCGAUCGGAACGAAUUCGUGGAGAUUGCUUAUUAUUCUGGUCGUGAAAAAAGGUUAAAAAAAGUCCAGGAGUUACAUUGGGUUAAUGGCCAUGCUCCAAAAGACUGGCCUGUUUGUGGAUGGGAUGGUUCACUUUGCCCGAAGCCCAAUUACCUGGUCAUUAUUCUUUGCACAGUAGUUGGCUUUGUAUUUAUCGUUGUUGGUGCAACUGCAGUCUACUUUCAGAGGAGGUAUGUACUGGAAAAGGAGUUGGCAGCUAUGUCAUGGAAAAUUAGGUGGGAAGACUUGACUGGUGAAGAAACAAAAAAGGAGAAAAAGAAGAAGAAGUCUAAACUUAUUUCUGGUUUUUGGUACGAAACAGAGACACUUUUGAGGACAAACAGUAGAACAUCUUCUGUUAGCGAAAAAAAAAGUACUAGUUCUGGCGCAACGAGGAAAAUCUCAGCACUGAUUGACAGGAAACUCGGUCAAAUUUGGAGGAAGAAGUCACCUCAAGAAGAAGAGAUGGAGAACCAUAAGGACAACAAUACGGAUAUUGAUGUCUGGCAAAAUUUUGAGGGCGUUCAUUUUGCUGGGGAGUGUACUGAGAAGACUGAAAGUCGCAUGAAGACGUCAGCGUCCAUAAGUUCUGCUCCAGCAGAUGCGCCUCAGAAAAAAAUUUCAAGUGCUGAAGGAGAAGUCGUAGCGAAAAAGAGCCUUUCAUUGCGCAAUCGAAAGCUUUCGUUUGGUAAUUUUAGUUGGAAGAGUCUAGGUUCUGUAGAAACGAUUCAGCAAACAAAUACACAAAUUUACACUAAAACUGCUGUUUACAAGGGAACUGUUGUAGCUUUAAAGAAAUUAAAAGUGGAUCCAAAAAAGUACCCAAAAUUAGAACUGUCACGCGAUCAGCUUUUGGAAUUUAAAAAGAUGAAGGAUUUGCAAAGCGAACAUAUCACUCGAUUUACGGGGGCCUGUGUCGACUGUCCACAUUACUAUAUUGUACAGGAGUAUUGUCCUAGAGGUUCUUUGGAAGAUAUAUUGGAAAAUGAAAAAUUUAAUCUUGAUAAAAUGAUGAAAUAUUCUUUGCUACAUGACUUGGUUAAGGGGAUGUACUUUUUGCAUAAUUCUUUCGUUGGAUCGCACGGAAAAUUGAAAUCUUCCAACUGUGUAGUUGACAGCAGGCUUGUGUUGAAAGUCACUGACUUUGGCUUUGUUAAACUACAUGAGCUAGAGGAGGUAAAUGUGGAUGAAAUUGGAGAACACGCCUUUUAUAGAAACAAAUUGUGGACAGCACCAGAAAUAUUGCGCAAUCCUCAUGAUUUUCCAUUAAGUGGCACGAAGUCUGGUGAUGUUUACAGCUUUGCGAUUAUACUUCAUGAAAUGCUUUUGCGGAAGGGUACUUUUUACGUAAGCAGGGAACCACCUCCAUCUCCGAAAGAAUUGAUAACUGAGGUGAAGCGCAAACCUCUGCGAGAGGAAGAUCUAUUCAGGCCAGAAGUCCCGGAUUAUCUCCUUAACAGUGAUCAGGUCGAUGAUACAUUGAUUAGUCUCAUGUGUAGUUGCUGGGCUGAAGAGCCGCAAGAUCGACCUAGUUUUUAUAUGAUUCGGAGAGUAGUUCGAUCUCUCAACAAGUCAAAUGAAACUCAAAAUCUUGUUGAUAAUCUUCUGAUGCGUAUGGAGCAGUAUGCUAACAAUCUAGAAGGUCUUGUCGAAGAAAGAACUCAGGAUUAUUUGAAUGAAAAGCAGAAAGUAGAAAAUCUUCUACAUCAGCUUUUACCCCCUAGUGUAGCAGAUCAGCUGAUAAGUGGUCAGUCAGUACAGGCAGAAUUGUUUGACAGCGUUACUAUUUAUUUUUCGGAUAUUGUGGGAUUUACUGCCCUGUCGUCAGAUUCGACUCCAAUGGAGGUCGUUACGUUCUUAAACGAUCUAUAUUUGGCAUUCGAUUUGGUCGUUGACAAUUUCCGAGUUUAUAAAGUAGAAACUAUUGGGGAUGCAUACAUGGUGGUAUCAGGCCUUCCUGAACGUCAUGAUGAACAUGCUUCUCAAAUUGCCCAAAUGGCUCUUGCUCUUUUGCAUAGAGUGAAAACGUUUGUCAUACGACAUCGGCCGAAAGAACAGCUUAAGCUGCGUAUUGGCAUCCACUCAGGGUCAGUUGUUGCUGGAGUUGUCGGGUCAAAAAUGCCUAGGUAUUGUUUGUUUGGCGACACUGUUAAUACAAGUAGCAGAAUGGAAAGCACGGCAUUAAAGAUUCACGUUAGCAGUCAAACAAAAGCAAUUUUGGACAAAGAUAAGGAAUUCCGCCUGGAACUUCGUGGUCAAGUUGAGAUGAAGGGUAAAGGUACACAAACUACUUAUUGGUUAACUGGGUAUAAAGAUAUGAACAUUCCUGAUUUCGGGUUGACGUGACU